AUGAGGUUAUCCGUCGCUCGCAUUGCGGCGACGUCGUUGCUGCUACUCCAUGCCGCCGACGCUGCCAACAUUGACGCUCAGCGAGCCAAUGCCAACAACCGAUUCAACCCUGCCUCUACCGACGUCAACAAUGCUCGUCUCUUCCCCUUCCUAACCAAGCUCCGCGACAGCGCCAUCGAGUUCGUCUUUGGACGCCAUCCCACCAAGGAAGCGGCUCGGCCGCCCGUCCUCAACCAACUCCGCGCCCAGUAUGCAAACCAGCUCGUUCUGCGUUUCAACGUCUCCACUGCCGACGAAGAGGGUGCCCUUGCCGAUGCCGUCGCUCGCCUAUUCCUCGAUGUAUGGGCUUUCACUGAUGAAUUUGUCGAUAUUCGCCUACACGCCGACGAGGUUGCGCCACUCCUGAGCCUCCUCCCCAGAUCUCUUCGCUUCGCCCAGUCGACUCUCAUUCCCGAUCUAGCUACCGCCGUAUACCAGUCACUCCCGACCGAUAACGAUCCUCAUCGGCCUGAUCCCCAGACAGGAGCCCCGGUUCUUGUUUCGCCCCCUUCAGCCGGCGAUAACCUCUUCUUCCAAGACUAUCAGCCUCUCCCCGUUAUCAUCCGUUGGAUGCGUCUCUUGGAGGCCAUGUUUCCUACAUAUGUCGACUACAUCACCAUCGGCAAGUCCUACGAGGGUCGCGAUAUCCCCGCCCUCCGUGUUGGCGUUCCAGUCGUCGACUCCAUGGCGCCUCCGCGCAAGACGAUUGUGUUUAUGGGUGGCUCUCAUGCCAGGGAAUGGAUCUCGACGAGCACCGUCAACUAUUUGGCCUGGUCUUUCAUCACCUCAUUUGGGAAGGAACGGAUGAUUACAAAACUUCUCGAUGAGUUCGAUAUAAUCUUCAUCCCCGUCGCAAACCCCGAUGGUUUUGAGUACACCUGGCAUAUCGAUCGUCUGUGGCGGAAGACUCGACAACAAACGAAUCUCCAAUUCUGCCGGGGUCUAGAUCUGGAUCGUGCCUUUGGGUUCGAGUGGGAUGGAUCGCGGGUUCAGCGCGAUCCUUGCUCCGAGAGCUAUGGUGGCGAGAAGCCGUUCCAGGCCAUCGAAGCCGUACAGAUCGCAGAUUGGGCGCGGAACCAGACGUGGAACAAUGUUCGCUUCGUGGGAUUGGUGGACCUUCACUCAUACUCACAGCAGAUCCUAUUCCCCUACUCAUACACAUGCUCAGUUGACCCACCGAACCUAGAGAAUCUGGAGGAGCUCGCUGCUGGCAUCGCCAAGUCCAUCAGGCUUUCCAACGGAGAGUCGUAUACCGUCACAUCUGCAUGUGAAGGCGCAGUCUCGGCACGAGAAUCUGGCGGCGAGCGAUUUUGGUCUCGUAUCGAAUCCGGCGGGGGAUCAGCAGUCGACUGGUUCUACCAUGAGUUGCGGGCCCACUUCAGCUACCAGAUAAAGCUCCGGGAUACUGGCAGCUACGGCUUCUUGCUACCCAAAGAACACAUCGUUCCCACAGGCGAGGAAAUUUUCAAUGCCAUGAAGUACUAUGGCGACUACCUGCUAGGCAACAAUGGCAUCGAGGAGUUUCCAGACAAGGAAAACGAUGUGCACACUUCUGAUGGCGAUGACGACGUACCGCUCACGCAGGAGUUAAGGAGGAGGAGGCUACGACGGUGA